GGAAGUACCGAAAAUCUUCAAGAGUCUUGGUUACCCCUUCACCAUUCAUAAAACAUCAUUAUCCAAUGUUGGCUCACCUCACACAUGGCCAGUGCUCCUUGGUGCACUUCACUGGCUUAUGGAACUUGUCAAGUUGGCUCAAAAUGUUAAUGACACCAUCGACGAAUGUCUGUUUCCCAUGAAUGAUGAGGACAAGUUGUAUUUUGAUUACCUUGAGAAAGCGUACGAAGCGUUUAUUUACGGUCAAGACUUAGAUAAUCUGGAUGAGUACACAGAAGCACUAUAUGAAGAACUGAGAAACAAGAAUGCUCCACUUAUUGCUGAAAACGAAGAGCUGAGUCACGAAAACAAGCUACUGGAGGAAGAACUGGCGAGACUUGAAAGUGAACCGUCAAAGCUUGAAGCAUUAGUGGAACAAAAGAGAACACUAGAGCUCGACAAGACUAAAUUCGAGACCUACAUCACUGAUCUCGAGAAGCAUCGUCUCAAACUUGAGGAAAGAAAAAUUCAGAACGAAGAAGAAUUGAAUGAUCUCAAUCUGGAGUACACAGCAACAUCAAGAGAGAAAGAGCAGUUGGAGGUUUUGCACAGUUGA